UUCUUUCAGAAUGAUAUUACGGUUUCUUGCCGUGACAUUGAGACAUCAAGCGGCGUGCGAGCAAAUAAACAUUUGACAUGCUGUCUUAGUGGGAUGGAUGAAAUAAAAAUCAGGGGUGUUGAGGCUUUGGAGAGCAGGGGAGAAAGAGUGGUGAUGAAUUAUGAAGAUGGGGCCUCUUAUGGGGACCUCCAUUGCCUCUAGUGGAGCAAGUUUUCAUCGCAGGGAAAGUGGAAUAAGCUGCAUUGUCAAGCAAAGCAAUUUCACCAUCUCCACCAAACCACAAUACUAUCUAAACAUCAUCAUUCCCUUUAUUUCCUUUCUUUCUCACCUACUGCUGACUUCCACUUUCUACUUGCAUAAUCUUCUCUUCUCUCUCUCUCUUUCUCUCUCAUACACACACACACAACACAUAGUCACUCCAAAUCCCACUUAUUCCGUCCUUGUUUUUUCUUCAAAGUCACGUUGGUGUGUUUGUUGUUGAGAGUCUCUGUUAGAAUUUGAAGUUGGUUGUCCUGAUCGUUGUGAUCUCUGCUGCUAGUCUCAUCCAGGUGUCCUGAAUCUGGACUAGAAGAACAUGGAUACCUUCGUUAAGGCAACUCGGUUUGUCUACAACCCGAAUCCACAACCCGAGGAUGCCUUUUCUGGUAUUCUUGAAAUCCAUGUUCAUCAUGCCAGGAACAUUCACAACAUAUGCAUCUACGACAACCAGGAUGUCUAUGCAAAAUUCUCUCUCACUUACAAUCCCGACGAAAUUCUCUCAACCAGGAUCAUCAACGGUGGGGGUAAGAACCCGGACUUCAACGAAGAUAUGAUCAUGAAAAUCAACCAGGUAGAUGCUGUCCUGAAAUGUGAGAUAUGGAUGCUGAGCAGAGCCAAGAACUACAUGGAUGAUCAGCUUCUCGGAUUUGCUCUGGUCCCGAUUUCUUCUGUCUACGGUAAAGGAAAGGUGACCCAAGAUUUCGAUCUGUCAUCAACUGACCUGUUCCACUCUCCAGCUGGUACCAUCAAACUGUCACUUUCCCUGAAUGCAAAACCUCCCCUCAACAAUCCCCUGUCAGCUCCUUUUGCUGAUUCAGUGGCUGAUUCUGCUGCAACUCCUGAACUCCUGUUGGACAAAAAGAUACCAGAUGAGUAUUCCAGGAUAGAAUUCCCUGACAUGAAUAUAGUUAACCAAAACCAGCAGAUGGUCUCAGAAUACUUUGCGAAAAACGGGACCCUUUUGAGGCCGUGGCUGGAAAAGCCUGACGGCUCGUUUCUCCAUCUUGGGGCUACACCAGAUGUGCCUGUUGAAGACUAUGAGAUGGUCGGCAACUCCUCAGACGAGUACCGGGCUGACUCUGUAUCUCCAGACGGGAGCAUCCAAAACUCUGGUUUUCUCAGUUCCACCAUGACAAGCUUGAGCGACGACCGGAAUUCAGCCGAUUCAAUGGAGAAAAAGAGCCGUUUCUUCACAGAUUUCUCCACGUCCCCUGAUAACAAUGCAUCAUCAGUCAUUGCGGAAACUCCCACCUCAAAGAAGAAAAACGAGUCUCCGGAGGAAAACGAGCGGAAUUUCUCAGGAAAAGAAGAGGAGAGCAAACAAGAACUGAGUAAAAAUCCUGUGAGCUUAGUCAGAAACAUCAAGCUGGAGGCCGAGGAAUCGGUCAUGCAACAACAGAUAGUCGACAUGUACAUGAGGAGCAUGCAGCAAUUCACCGAGUCCCUGGCGAAAAUGAAGCUCCCAAUGGAUCUGGAUAAGCCUCAUGGUGAUAAUGAGGGGGAUGUAAUUCAGAAUCCAGACAAGAAAAUGGAGAUUGAGAAGAAGAAAAAGGAUAAUUCCAGGGUGUUUUAUGGCAGCAGGGCCUUUUUCUAACACGGAUUUGAGGUUGAAAUUUCCAGGGAAUUGCUUCAGUUGCCAUUGUUAACAUUUUAAGUUAUGUUUGAGUGAUUUUCAACCUUUGAUCUGUAGAAUAACUGAAAUAAGAACUGCUUUAGUCAUCCAUAGACAUCCCUAACAA